UGGACCGCCCGGCGCCCGCCCGCUCUCGCUCUGCAGACGCCCCCGAAAGCCGAAACUGAAGCGUUCCAGUUUCCAAGGGCGCCGAGCCUCCCCUCCCGGGGGCGCGCGCGUGCCUUCCCAUUCCGCUCCACCCUCCUCCUCCUCCUCGGGAGAGAUCCGCCUCCCCGCGGCCUCCUCUUCCUCCGCGUAAACUCGCCGUGGCAGAGUAAUCUCGCGCCGGCCCCUGCGCGCAUAUUUAUCGGUGGAAAGAAAAAGGUUUUUGGGAUGCCGGCUGCCGGUGUGGAGCCGCCGGCGCCGCCAGCCGAGGCCGCGGCCGCGGCGGGGCGCAGGUUGAGACCUUCGAGGGUCUCCGCCAAGCGGUCCUGGCCGCCCGGGUGUGGUCGGUUCCCUGCGCCCCCGCCCGCGCCGGCCUCCGCGGCCGCGGCUGGUCCUGAGGUGAACGGCGUGGAUGGCGCCUCCACCGUUGUCGGCGGCAGGGUCGACGAGGCGGCCGCACCCGCGGUCAUUUCGCCUUCGGUUCAGAACGGAUGCCCGGAUAAGGUGGAGGAGGCCGUUGCCACCGCCACGGUUUCACCUGUGCGUCAGAACGGCGCCCCGCCUCCGCAGGAGGGAUCGGAGAAGCCUGUGGAUCAGAAUGGCGCCCUGCCUCAGCCAGAGGAAAAUAAGGUGGAAGCUGUGGCGGCUAGUUUACCUGCAGCGCGUAGCAGCGCCCUCCCACAUGUGCUGCCUCAGUCAGGGCCGGAGAGGGCUAGGCAGGAUGGAGACGGUGGUGAGAACGGAGAGGCACAAUUGCUGCGCGAUGCAGGCGAGCUGCCAUCAGAUGGUCAGCAAGGGAACAGGGUGGUGCAGGUGGUGGUGCCAACGGUAGCACUGCUGGGGAGUUGUAGCAUUGUUGGUGCUAGUUCUGUGCAGAACGGUGACAAAGGGGAUGGCUUGUUGGUGGCCGAGGAGAAGGGAGGUGGUGGCAGCAGUGAUGUGGGGCAGGAGGUUGCUGUUAAUGGGGAUGUCACAGAGAUUGGAAACAAAACAGGUGGCAGUGAGUUACAGAGAAAGGAAAAUGGAAUUGCAGCAAGGAGAACGAAACGGUGGUUGGAAUCCUCUCUGAAUCCGCCUCCUAAGAAGAGGGCGGUCUCAGCCGUACGCAGAUUUCCACCUGGCUGUGGGAGGACUGCUGUUACCACCGAAGUCAGUGAAGUUUUGAAGGGCUCACCUGUACACACAUUUUCUCCUGGCUGUGGAAGGGCUACUGUUACCACAACAGACACUGCUGUUUUGGACGUCUCACCUAUAAGCACAUUUCCUCCUGGUUGUGUGAGGUCUUCUGUUAAAACCACAGGCAGUGGAGAUGAGUGGUUACCUUCAGAAGCCACGCCUGCCAACAAUGGUGAUGCCUUGGUGGCAAGUCUGGUUUUAGGAGAGUCAACUUCUCCAACUUUAGCACUAGAGCCCCCCAAUAAGAAAUUGGAAAGCAAGAAAAUAGUGGAUGAAGGACAUAGCAAGGCUCACAAUAGGGUCCAAGUUCGAGAUGAUUUUGCUGGUACCAAACAAGAUGGUGACCAGCGAAAUGCUGUUCCAAAAUCUACACCAAGGAAUGUUUCUGAUGGGAAGAUGAAGGGGAAACUCUCGGCACAUAAAGGGAAGCAGGUAGCACAAGAAGUGGUGGAUGAUAAGAUGAAAAAUAAACUUGAUGGAAGCUUGCAAAGAAGUAAUCUUAGGACACCUUUGAGCAAUUCCAUUGACUCAAAGACAAAAGUAAAGAGGUUGGAUAGUGACAAGAUGAAUGUUGGAUUGCUUGGUAAUGCAGGGGCCUCUGCAGGUGGGAAGAUGGAAAGUAAGACUUUGAGUGCUAAAAAGGAAGUGGCGUGCUCAAAUAUGAACACAAAGCAAAAGAAGAUUGCUCGUAAGUUGAAGGGUGAUGGCAUCGGCAAGGAUAAUUUGCAUUCAUCCGCUAGGGAGUCCAAGCUUGGAAAACAUGUUGCAACUAAUCAAAUUGAAGAGCCUAACCAAAUAGUUGUACAAGCAUUGAUGGCUCCCGACAAUUGCCCUUGGACACGAGGAAGAAAGUCUAUUGCUAGUGCUUCCAAGUCUCUUGUUCCUAGGAACAAGAUAAAGGGAAAGGAUGCUACUCCAAAAGAUAUACCAGCAAGAAAAGUGGAUUUUAGUGAAUCGAUCAAUGAUGAGACAAUGAAUGACAAUGAGACACAAGGAAGAAAAUCUAUUGUUAGUACUUCCAAGUCCCUUGUUCCUAUGAACAAGCUAGAUGCUACUCCAAAUGGUAUACCAAUAGGAAAAGUGGCCUCUUUUGAAGUGAGCAAUGAUGAGGCAAUGGAUGGCAAUGAUGACAUUAACUUGGAAGAUGAUGACAACUCUAGGGCUCUAGUUGUGUAUGGAGAAAAGCGAGAAAUAUGUGUCACGGUUCUUCCGUCUAUUCCUUCCGGGUCACACCACAGGCAACCUAGGGACCAUGAUAUAGAUGCUCGAAGCAAAGUUAGGAAGUUGCUCCAGUUGUUCCAGGCGACUUAUCGAAAGCUUACACAAGUUGAGGAACAAGGUAAACGCAAAGUUGGGAGGAUUGACCUUGAAGCAGCUAAGGCACUAAAGAGCGACCCUAUCUAUAAAAAGAUUGGGGCCGUUGUGGGAAAUAUUCCCGGUGUUGAAGUUGGCGAUGAAUUUCAUUUUAGAGUUGAGUUGUCCAUAGUUGGUCUCCAUCGCCCAUUGCAAGGAGGUAUUGAUGAUGCUAAGGUGAAUGGUGUCCCCGUUGCUUUAAGUAUCGUUGCCUCCGGUGGCUAUCCUGAUGAAUUAUCAAGCUCGGGGGAACUAAUAUACACUGGUUCCGGAGGAAAGGCUGGCAAGAAUAAAGGAGGAGAUGAUCAAAAGCUUGCGCGGGGCAAUCUUGCCUUGAAGAAUUGCAUCAAAACCAAAUCCCCAGUUCGUGUGAUUCAUGGGUUCAAAGGCCAAAGUAGAAGUGAAGGUGGUCAUUCUAAAGGCAAGCAAACUACAACAUUUACAUAUGAUGGGUUGUAUGAAGUGUUGGAAUGUUGGCAAGAAGGCCCAAAAGGUGAGAUGGUCUUCAAGUACAAGUUACAGAGGAUUGCAGGGCAACCUGAAUUAGCCCUACAUGCAGUUAAGGCAACAAGGAAGUCCAAAGUUCGUGAAGGUCUUUGUUUGCCUGAUAUAUCUCAAGGAACCGAGAGGAUACCCAUAUGUGUCAUCAACACAAUUGAUGACAUGAAGCCAGCACCAUUUAAAUACAUCACCAAAGUCAUAUAUCCAGCUUUGUUUGAAAAAGAACCUCCAAAGGGUUGCAACUGUACAAACGGCUGCUCAGACUCUAUUAGUUGUGCUUGUGCAGUGAAGAAUGGAGGGGAAAUACCGUUCAAUUUCAACGGUGCGAUUGUUGAGGCCAGGCCUCUCAUAUAUGAGUGUGGUCCAUCAUGCAGGUGCCCGCCAACAUGCCACAAUAGGGUGAGUCAGCAUGGUAUCAAAAUUCCACUAGAAAUAUUCAAGACAGGGAAGACAGGUUGGGGUGUAAGAUCCCUCAGUUCUAUAUCAUCAGGCAGUUUCAUAUGCGAGUAUACUGGUGAGCUAUUGAAAGAUGAAGAAGCUGAAAAGAGACAGAAUGACGAGUAUCUAUUUGAUAUUGGUAAUAACUACCAUGAUGAAGAACUUUGGGAGGGGCUGAAGUCGGUGGUUGGUGUAGGAUCUUCUACCUCGUCCUCUGAGACAAUGGAAGGCUUCACAAUAGAUGCAGCUGAGUGCGGCAAUGUGGGAAGAUUUAUCAACCAUAGUUGUUCACCAAACCUUUAUGCUCAAAAUGUUCUCUGGGACCAUGAUGACAUGAGGAUGCCGCAUGUUAUGCUUUUUGCUGUUGAGAAUAUCCCGCCGCUACAGGAGCUGACCUACCAUUAUAAUUAUAGUGUAGGGGAGGUCUAUGACAAGAAUCACGAGGAGAAGGUCAAACAUUGCUACUGUGGCGCCUCGGAUUGCUGUGGCAGGCUCUACUAAAACAUUAUUGACUGUUGUUAGCUCUAUGUUAUGAACACCUCUGCCUUGCCUCUGCCGUACCCUUCUGUUCUCAGUUCAUCUUGUACUUGUCGGCUUUCUGAUGUUUACAGCAAGCUGCAUUUGCUCUUGCUGUUUUCUUUUAGAAAAUUUCUGCUCCGUUUAUGAAUGAAGUUUGAAUGGAACCCCGUUGUACCAUGUUUUAAAUAAUUAAUGAAGUUUGAAAGGGGCUCCAUUUUUCGAUGA